AUGGCUGUCAACCAGCGUUAUUUUGUGGAAUGGAAAGAGCAAUAUGUGUCUAAAGAGAAGGGCAACCGUGUGGUUCACUAUUUCUUGAAAGAUAAUUCAGGGGAAUCAAUUCUUGCUGUUGUGGGUACGGAGAGGAGUGUUCGGCACAUGUUCUAUGUCGUCUCUGAAGAGUUCCUUGGUGCCCAUGGAACGGAUAGCGCGGUUCAGGCCAGCUUCAGAUGGAGAUCCAGGCGAGAGGUUGUAAAUUGGCUUACUUCCAUGUUGUCUAAACAACACAGAGGAGAUUCUGCAAUUUUGCGAAAUGAUAACCUUACUGAGAAGGAAAAUAUGCAGCAGACCCAGGUGCCAUCUCAUAAGGGUCGUUUAGCUAAGAAUUUGAAAAGUCGUCCUUUAGGCAUUUCCUGGUCAGGCUCCGCAUGGAUUUGUGGUAAACAGUUGAAGCAUUAUCCGGAAUUUUGUCGCAAUGGGAUAUCGAUUGCAAUACAAUCCUUUGUCUUUGUAAUGGCUGAAAAAGAAAACCGCUAUAUUGCGUAUUUGGAGGAUAUGUAUGAAGACAGAAAGGGCCAGAAAAAGGUAAAAGUGAGAUGGUUUCAUCACAACAGGGAAGUCAAGGGAGCUUUUACUCUACGCAACCCUCAUCCUAGAGAAGUCUUUAUCACCCCAUACAUACAAGUCAUUAGUGCCGAGUGCAUUGACGGCCCCGCCAUAGUAUUAACUCGUGAACACUAUGAGAAGUGUCUGUCAGUUUUUCCCCAGGAUCUACUCGGCAGAGUUCAUUUUUGUUUGAGACAAUUCAAGAGUAGCAAAAUAAAGUCUUUCAAGCUAAGUAAAUUGGGGGGUUAUUUUGAUCAGCCGAUUUUCUCAUGCUUUAGCCCCGACUUUUUUGACGAGAAGGAGGUCAGCUCCGGGGAUGACGUGAAAGUUGGAUCCAAAAGGAAUAGAAGUUCUAGAGAGUUCAAUAAGUCGAGAUACGAUUUAUCAUAUAAGAAAUACGACCUAAUGAGUGGGGUGCCGAAAUUCCCCAAGCACGUUUUUUCCGUAAAUGAAAAAGUGGAAUUCCUUUGCCAUGACAGCGGUCUUCGUGGAUGCUGGUUCAGAUGCACGGUCUUAGAGGUCUCUAGGAGACAGAUGAAAAUUCGGUAUGAGGACAUCAUGGAUGAAGAUAGCUGCACUAACCUUGAGGAAUGGAUUCCUGCUAAUAGAGUGGCCAAGACUGAUAAACUAGGUAUGAGGUAUCCUGGGCGUCUAACCGUGAGACCCGCAUAUCUUUUCAAAGAAUUGGUCGCUAACUUUGAAGUCGGAUAUCCGGCUGAUGCUUGGUGGAGUGAUGGUUGGUGGGAAGGUGUUAUAUCUGACACGAGUGAUGCUAAAAACGGUUCCUAUCAAAUUUACAUCCCAGGUGAAAAUUUGUAUCUGAGCGUCGACGUAAAAAACCUAAGAGUUUCAAAAGAUUGGGUAUGUGAACAGGGUUGGGUGGAUGUUGAGCCAAACCCUAAUAUUCUUGGCAUUAUAUCUGCAAAUAGUAUGGACUCCAAAGCUGAUGAUAAUUCUCCAUCACCCGAUCAUAAAGUUGUAGCGAAUCACGAAGUUGAGAAGGAUGAUGAUUUGGCAGGCAUGACAUUGACAAACGUCCCAUUGCAAGACGAAUGUAUCAACAAUGAGAAGGAAAGUAAUCACGACGAGAAAGAGGAGAAAAUGGAUUAUGGCCCAAGUGGUGGUGCAAACAAUUCCCUUUGUAACAAUGAAAGUGAUGUGGUAUAUAGCAUUGAAGGUGGCAGUGGGGACCACAACUUAGUGGAUUGUGAGAUUGCCGAGCUGGGAUGUGAAGGGGAAGAAGCCAUGGAGAUCUUGACUAGCCGUUGA